CGCUGAGUUACAAAUGACAACAGUAGUGGUCUGGUGAUUCCUGUUUUCUCUGUUGAAAAUGAGAAAUCUUUUAGUUGACUUAAAAGAUGAAUAAAACGCUAUUGUUUCUGAACGGACAACCAGUGAUUCUCACAAGUGCUGGAACUGAUUCACUAAUUCAGACUAAUGCAGCGCUCACUACGUCACUUGAAGGAUCGGCAGGUGUCGCAUCGCAAGACGAUGAAAAGGGACUGUUUGAUCCGCCAGGCACCAAGCAUGCUCAACUUUCAUCUCCAAAACUGGAAGAAAGUGAGAACCUGCAGGAAAGUUUGAAACCAAACUUUGUGCAAGUUCGAGUGAAUGGUAGAGAAGUUCCAGGUUUUAUGCUUUCACAGGAGAAAGCUGGAGGUGUACCUAAAAUAAUAAGUCAGCCUGUAAACCAGAAGGUAGAGUAUGGUUUACUCUCUCCAGGAAAAACUGCUAAUGGCGAUGGAUCGGAGAAAGGAAAUGCAGUUGAAUCGGGAGGUUUCUUGCAAUUUCACAGUGCGCCAGUGCAACGAGGGAUUGCAAAAGACUCUAAUUUUGCCGAUGUUAGCGAGGAGAGUUGUGGGAGCGAUGUGUUUGCACUAGCAACUAACAAUGAACUUUUACGCACUCAGGUAGAGGGCAGUAGUCAGGAGAUAGGCUCAGUAGAAAGCCUUCAGAAUCUUGUGAGACUUCCUAUAGUUCCAAACCAUAUUCAAGUCGAUGCACAAAAUUUAAAUAUUUCUGUCGAUCAUGGUCAGAUAAUGCACGUUGGUGUGGGGACAAAUGACAGUCAUAUUCACUCAAGAAAUAUGUCUACAAUAGUAGCUAUUAUCCAAGGUGAAGAUGGUAGUACUCAAACAAUCGAGCUCUCACCUGAAGAAGCUUGUAAGCUGAACCUCCCUCAGUUACUGGACAAUAAUGUUGCUACUGAGCAACACUCUGUUACCUCUCCAGCUGAGAAAGUUGAGGAAUUAUCCGCUGGUCAUCCACACCUUCCAACUGAUCAAACAAGCCAAUUAAAAGAGGUUGAAAGGAGCCCUGAAGGCUCAGAUGGAAGUUGUACGUCAAUUUUUACGGGAGAGGACGGAACUGAUGGGAUAGGCGGGAAUGAUGCCUGUGAUGUUUCAGCAGGUGAUGCAGAUGUUAGUUUAGGUCCCUUCCUCUUGAUCCCCGAAUAUAAUGCUGAUGGCACUAUCUCAAUGCUCCAGAUACGAGGGUCAGAGCCUGAGGUUAAAAGCGAAGUUUCAGCUGCCGAACCCCUCAGUACAAAUUCCGUUUCAUUAAGUGAUUCUCAGCUUCACCAUGCUCGAGAGAGUAAUGGAAAAAGCUUACUCUCCUUUCCGCAUACUGGUCAGAAUGUACAGAAAAUAAGUUUGCCUGUAAAUAGUACUCACCCAUCCAAGGCACAAAUAAAGGCUAAGCACACUGACUGGAAGACUGCAUCUUCAAAAUCAGCCCCUAAAGUUCCUGGAAGUAUUUACCUUAGAGAUAUAGCCAAGAGGACAAAAUUUAGGAAUUUAACUUCAUUCUUGGAUACAAAGCCAGUUCACGAAGACUGUGAAGUGUUGCAAGAAAGUCCUGAUAUAGAAAUAGUGGAGUCAUCCAGUACUUUCAAUACAUCGAUAGCAGGGCUAUCAGGCACAGCAACUGCAUCACCUCAGCCGUUGGUACUGGCUUCAUCUAGUGAGUUCACCUUGGGUUCCGGUAACCAUCUGUUGACUCGGUCACCAUUUAUGACUGGAAAAAAGGUGUCAUCCCAAUUGAAUAUAAAAGAUAUACCAUUCCACAUGUCACAUCUUCCCUCCUCUGCCUCCCUUCUGCACCGUGAUGCUACAGCUAAGCUACACCAAGUAUCAACAUCGUGUGGUGACCGACCUCUAACCAUUAAAGUUAGCACUGGGCCUAUUUGUGCUACUACCUCCAAACUCCAAACCGCAGUUCCAUCCACUACACCCGUUCCCUCCAUCAAGUGUGCAGAGGCUACAGAAGCAUUAAACAGCCUUAAUCAGUCAAAUUCAGACUCUCCCAGCUUGACAUCUAUAGUGUAUUGUUCAUCAGUAGGAGAUGAAACUCCAUUCACCGUACAUCUGCCAGGUGGAGACAAUACCAAGCCUCUUGGCUCCAGUGAGAACCCGAUACAGCUUGUGCAGCAGGGCAACACGUUUCAGGCUUUGCAACCCGUUCAGGAGAGACAACUAGAACAGAUCACAACAUUGUUGCAGCAGCGUCGCAUCACUGCUCCCCCCACCACCCACCACGACCAUCACGAGAUAUAUGAUCCCAAGACUAAUAUGAAAAUAGUCUAUAAGGUUGUCUUCCCCGAGGACAUCAUGGAAGUGGACGAUGACGACGAGGACGACGAGGAGAGCAAGGAUGGGAAUCUCACCUGGGAGGGCAGAUUGGGGUUGCUGAACGACAAGAAAAAAGGGAGAAAGUCGAAGGAGUGGAAGAAAGUGAAGCUGAAUGAAGAGGAGGAGGAGGUCGAUAUUGAAAUGCUGGAUGAAACCGAAGAGAGAAACAAACAAAUUAAUCGCACUCGCUCGGGUCGUAUAUCAAGACCACCUCGUCAUAUGAUGAAGGAUUUCAAGCACCUUCAUCCUAUUAAUUUCAAGAACGACAAUAAAGACAAGGACUCCCCCGGUGUUGGCUACUCGGACUAUGAUGACCACCAUCACAUUGACCCUGACGACAAACUACCCGAGCCAGUUGAGUUACCUAGACGGAAGAAGCGUUCAGUUCCUCCUACAACUCGCCUCCGCUAUACCUGUUUGACAUGUGGGAAACUGUACAUGGGAAGAAUUGAAGCCCAUUAUAAAAAAUUUCCUGAUCAUCGUCAAGAACUCCAAAGUGACCUUAAGCAGUCUUAUUCUGCUAUUAAAACAUUAUCAGAUUCUUUCAAGACCAUAACAGAUGAUGGGGGUGAAGUAAAUAAGUCAGUUCUAAGCCCUACCCCAGGCACUCAAGCUUCAGAGACUAGCGGAGAACCCAGUUUACCUAUGGAGACUCUGACUACCCAGCCUACACCCACCGAGACUGCCUCAUACACACCACCUCUCACAAAUACACAGACCCCUCAGUUUGACGUUCCUCAUGAGCUGACACCAGUUAAACCAGGCCGAGGCAGAAGCCGCCGGGGAAGAAGAGGAAGUCGUAGCAAAGGCAGAGGCUCGAGAGGUGGGCCGGCCAGAUCUGCAGCAGCAGCCACAAAUCAACCUCCACCACCUGCUGCUUCACCUGUUAACAUGUUAGAAAAGAUUCUUAGUGGUUAUAGCUCUGAAGAGAUCCAGAAAGCAGUCGGUAAACGUCUGGUCGAGAACUUGACUCCAUGGCAGGUACUUUGCUUUCAAGCCCAGGGAAGCAAUGCCAGUAGUUCACAGUGGUCAUGGCAAGACAAAUUUUGUAUAUUGCAAAGUCUUCUUAAAGAGUUUAAAGAAGACUUUGAAAAACAAAUGGAACCUUUCCAAGAUAUUUUGUACAAUGAUGGUCAAGAAUUUGGUCACAAGCACAAUGUUCCUAUAUUAAAUAAGGACUCUGAAUGUUCAGAUAAUGUGGAGAGCAGCAAGUUGGACUCAGAUAAUGUUGUGAAGCAGAUGGCAGUAGUCAAGAAUGAGAAGUCACUUGCCAGGAAUGGUGAAGAAAGCGUCAGUAACCAAGUGAUGAGCGAAGACCCGGCAAGUGUCAGUACUGUCAAGGUGUGUGAUUAUCUUGCCAGAGUCCUGGGAAUUGCAAGCGGUGUUUACAAAGAACAAGAACAGUCACACUCGCCUACCAUUCUUUGUUCUACUGAUGCAAGUUCAGCAUUAAUGAAAAACAGUUUAACAGCACCAGUAAAUACAGAUGUGAUAAAACAAGAAUUGGAAAUGGAUGAUAAACUCGAUGAAACUGCUUCAAAGAGAAUUCGAAAAGAGAGAGAGAUGUGUGAAAAAGGUCUAGACCAGAAGUCUACUGUUGUACUUAAUGGUGACCAGAGUCUACACUGUAAUAUUGUAGGCAUUGAUAUUGCAACAUAUCAAAGGAAGGUUGAAGAGUAUAAUAGUGUUGGUUGUGUCAACAAGGCCCUUGAGGAUGCAACCCAUAGUUUGGACCUCUCUUCAUUUAGCCUUUCUGCCCAGAUCUCUUCUGAGCCUAAUUUAGGUCCCGGUCAUUUACAAACUUCCAUAUCAACCACUUCAUCAUCACCAUCAUCGUCGUCGUCGUCAUCUACCAUGCCUGAAGGGACCACAGGUUUACCAGUCUCUGCCCAACAUUUUAGCAUGCCAAUAAAUAAUGAUCAUGUUUCAGUGAGCAGUACUAGUUUGACCAUGAGUCAAGCAGCAUCGUGUGUCCCACACACAUCAGCAGUCACAAGUGUAACCUCAAGUCUACCUCUUCAAGUCCCCAAUUUUACCAGCCAUAACACUAAUUCAGUUUCUGCCAUCUCUUCUUGUUUGCCUUUAUCAAAUAUUGAUUCUUCCCUUAUGUCUACGUCUACCAUACCUCAGGUUAAUACAAUGCAACAGAUGCCCCUCGGCGACUUAGACAUUACAGCGGAGGACCUGCCACGACUGUUGAGCGAAGGAACGGGAUUGGUAGUUAGCGGAAACGGAGAUGGUUGUGAUGCACCUAAGCUGCUAGACACUUCAGGAGACACAACUGAUCUCAGUGAGAUGCUGUUCAAGCUUCAGGAAGCAACAGCUAGUAUUAGUCAGAGUCAGGAUCCUAACCUUGGUCCACCUGUGUAUCAGCAACACAUAAUGACAUCUUCACAAGUAACUACAAAUGGUAAUCCAUUAAUAUUGCCUCAGAGUCAUAGUGUUCAUUCUGAAGUUAAUCUUCCUUCCCGGAGUUAUGAUACGGUUGGACAGCCAUUAAAUUCACACAAUGCGCCCAAUCUGAACUUGAAAUUAGAUACAACUCAUUCUAGCAGUGAGCCAUCAAUGCCUCGCCUAACUUUUGCUGGCGCUCUAGAAACUAAUUCUGAUUUUCAUAGUCCCUCACCUAUUAAUCAAGCAGUUAGUGGUAGUGAAAAUGGUGCAAAGGCACAAGUUUUACUUGAUCAAGCAAAUGAUCACCAGCGUACUGUUACUAUAGAUCAGACGGAGGCAAGCUUAGUGAGUAGUAGCAACAGGCUGAGUAUAGGAUUUAAUGUCUCCGAAUCCGAGUUUGAGGACCUUCUUAAACGGUAGCUUUUGUUUCAGCGUUUUUGUGGUAUGUGUGUAUGUUUAUGUAUAUGUGAUUACCUAUUAUACCCGUUAGUAGUUACUGGAUCAGAGCUAUGAAUGUAGUACCUCAUCUUCAGUAAUUUUUAUUAAUUUUUAAAAAUUUUCAGUGGUUGUAGAGCAUCCUGAUCCUUGUGGAUUUCAUUCCAUCAAUAUACUUCGUUGGAAAGAAAUAUUUUGCUAGUGGUCUUUUGGUAAAUUUUUUUUAUACUAUUUUACAGCUGUGUCCUAUUGUUCUAGUUGAUGGUGCUAAGAAAUAUUUCUUAACAUAUCUGUUUUAUCCUGUUUUUUUAAGAUUUUUUGUUUGGUUGUCGUAACUCUACCAAAAACGAAUUUUGGUAUCUUUCUUUUUAAUUCACAUUUCUUAACUCUGGGAGCCAUUCUGCAUCAUUCCUUUAGAUUUAUUUUACGAACACCAACUGCAAUUAGCCAAUCAUGGACGUUACAUAUCUGAAAUGUACUUUGAAAGUUUGUGGUAUAGGAGGAGUUUCUCACUAAUACACUGAUGUGGCCUUCCAGUGAUCUCUUAUCUGUUGUUCCUUCCACAUCUUUUUCUUUCUCCAUUCUAUUUUUUUUUUUUAAUGUGUCUGUUGUCUCCCACCAAGGCAGGGUGACCCAAGAAACAUCUUCACCGCCAUUCACACCAUUACUGUCUUGUAAGAGGCACAUUGAUACGACAGUUUAGAUGUCAUUCUAACCAGCAAAUAUCCCAAACCCCUCCUAUGGAGUGCAAGCACUGUACUUCCCACCUCCAGGACUCAGGUGCUGGAGAAGGGGUUGCUAACCACCUGCUCUCGGCAUUAUAGUAACCCCUUAUGACACAUGCCUUAAAGAGGAAGAAUUCCUUUCCACUUGCCCGUGGAGCUCUCCAGUGUUAUCCAGACUUAACACACAGUCAGUAUUCUCAUAUAAUGUUUUCAAUUAAUCCUACUUUUCCCAAUGUGGCACUUACCUAUGUUGCAUUCAGUCACCAAUUUGUCAUUGUAUUUGCUCAGUGUAUGCAAAACUUUUAAGGGUCUUGACAGUCAUCUUGAUUUCUUUAUAUGCAUAGGAUUUUUAUAUUAUGCCACACACCGAUGCUAAAGUGUCUUAAAGGAAAUUUAGCAACCCCUCAGGGUAUUAAUUGCCGUCUUCCACCAAAGUAGAGUGACCUAAAAAAGAAAUCACUUUCACCACCAUUCACUCCAUCACUGUUUUGCCAUAAGCAUGCCGAUACUACAGUUCAGAUGCCACUUUAAACAGCAAAUAUCCCCACCCUUUCUUCAUAGCACAGGCACUGCACUUUAGGCUUAUUUACAAGUAGAAGAAAUCUACAUUGGAUAUAUCUGAAUGUAGGAAUACAAUAGAUGACACUUAAAAUGAUGUACAAAUUUACAGUAAGUACUGUAUUGCUAAAUAUUAAAGUAUUGUAAGGUUGUAUUGUGGAACAGAAUUCUUCCUUCGUAAGUCAUGCGUGUUGUAAGAGGCGACUAAAAUGCCGGGAGCAAGGGGCUAGUAACCCCUUCUCCUGUAUAUAUUACUAAAUGUAAAAGGAGAAACUUUCGUUUUUCCUUUUGGGUCACCCCGCCUUGGUGGGAUACAGCUAGUGUGUUGAAAGAAAGAAGUACGUAUUGUUACAGCUGUAGUAUACUGUACCUGCUUAAAGUGCCAUAGCAACCAUACAAAAAUUUCAUAUUGUCUUAUAGAAAUAACUAUUCCAGAAUGAAGGCAUGUUAUCAGUCAUCCUGGUGAGAAGGCAUGUUAUCUUAUGCGGUUAAUAGCUGCUCUAUGUUUGUUCAGAUUAAAAUAUUUGAUACAGUUUUUAUUUUGACGCACCAGCCGUCUCCCACCAAGACGGGUACCCAAAAAAGAAAAAAAUGUUGAUGCCAGUGCCAUAGUAACUUGUUUUGAGAACAGUGACUGGAACAAUACACACAUAACUAGCACAUAGGAGAGAGAAGCUUACCACAACAUUUCGGUCCAACUUUGAUUAUUUACAAAGUCACGUUCUUUGAAUUAGUGUGGCUUUGUACAUGGUCCAAGUCAGACCAAAACAUCAUCGUAAACUUCUAUUAUGUGCAGGUUAUUUAUGUAUAGAAUCUUACCUUGCAUCACAUUUGUGUAAUAAUGAUACAAAUCACUUACAUUGAUGCAUCUUCUACAAAAUAGAGAUAAUGUAAUACAGUGGACCCCCGGUUAACGAUAUUUUUUCAUUCCAGAAGUAUGUUCAGGUGCCAGUACUGACUGAAUUUGUUCCCAUAAGGAAUAUUGUGAAUUAGAUUAGUCCAUUUCAGACCCCCAAACAUUGACGUACAAAUGCACUUACAUAAAUACACUUACAUAAUUGGUCGCAUUGGGAGGUG